AUGUCCAUGGAUAUCAACCCGAGCAAAGACCCUGUUUUAUUUUCUUCGGAAUCGCGCGUUUCGGUCGUCAUCGGUGUUGCCGUGGCCUUGAUGCUGGGCGCAACUACGGCAGUCAUCUUGCGACUUUAUACGCGGAAGAUCAUACUAAACCAACUUGGACUCGACGAUUGGCUAUCCAUAGGAGCGCUUUUUUUUACACUGGCCACGGGCGUGAGUCAAUGCUACAUGACAAGAAACGGUCUCGGCCGGCAUAUUGGCACUCUCCCACAGCCCGAUGGCUUCAAGAUCUACAUGAAGAACUUCUACGUUGUGCUAAUAUGGUAUAACAUUGCCACGAUGCUGAUCAAAAUGACUUUCUUGACACAGUAUUAUCGCGUCCUGCCGACGACCAGCGUUAGGAAACUGUGUAUCGUAGCAAUGGUUAUUGUCGGCAGUUGGAGUCUGUCGCAGAUUCUCCUGACCAUCUUCCUGUGUGUUCCUAUUUCUGGGUUCUGGGAUUCGUCAGUAGAGGCAUCCUGCAUUCCGACUCCAGCAGAGUGGUAUCAGAACGCAGCCGGAAAUAUUGUUACUGACGUUGCCAUAUUCUGUCUGCCGUUUCCAGUGCUAGGGCGACUGAACUUACCACGGGCACAAAAGUAUGUGCUGCUUGGCAUCUUCUCGCUAGGCUUCUUCACAUGUACUAUAUCAGUCGUCCGGAUCAAGUUUCUACAUCUGGAGGUCGACGUCACGUGGGAGAACGCCGAAGCAUCCCUCUGGUCUCUAUGCGAGAUAUGCUCCGGAACCAUUUGCUCAUGCCUGCCCUGUCUCCGCCCGUUAGCAUCACGGUGGUUCCCCGUAUUCUCCACGCAUCGGUCGCACGGCUAUACUCGGCAGUCUGACUCGUACGCUCGAAACCUGAAGCCGCCGGGGGAUCUGGAGGCCGGUCCAUUGAGAGGCACUGCCGUCACGAGCAGACCAUCGGGAUCAGACAGCGACCUCAUCUUUGGGCUCGAGGACUACAAACUUGGGACCAUUACUUCAGCACACAACAUUGAACGUGCGCCCGGGCUGUCAAGCACCAAUCCCGUCAAACACGCCGCCACCACCACUGCGUCUGCAAUGGCCGUGGGCGCUGCUAGCAACGUCGAAACGCCAUGGACAGCUCAAGCCGGGCCCGAUAAAACGUGGAAGCAACCAAUCAUCGCAGCGAGGAUACAAGCGGGCAGCAGCAAUACGCUUGUCGCGAAUGGAAACGGGGCUCUACCCAGCCAGCAUGGGAUUCAGGUUCAACAUGAUAUCACUGUACAAACAUCAAACUGGUGA